ACUAGAAAUUCAAACCUACGCCACUUUUCUUCAGCGAGUCGCACAAAUUGCUCCAAAGCCCUAACCCAAUCCGUACUCAAUCGAACUUUUAGCUGACUGCAGAAAUGGGGAAGAAGCAGCAUAGCAAAGACAGGAUGUUCUUAACGAAAACGGAGUGGGCCACCGAGUGGGGCGGCGCUAAAUCCAAAGAAGUCGCCCGCUUUCAACGCCUCCCCUUCUAUUGCUGCGCCCUGACGUUUACGCCGUUCGAAGUCCCCGUUUGCACUGCCGACGGCAAUGUAUUUGACAUCAUGAACAUAACCCCAUACAUUUUGAAGUAUGGGAGGCAUCCGGUAACUGGAGCUCCGCUCAAGCAGGAGGAUUUGGUCCCACUCUCUUUCCACAAGAAUGCUGAAGGAGAGUAUCACUGCCCUGUUCUUAAUAAGGUUUUUACUGAGUUCACACACAUAGUUGCUGUAAAGACGACAGGAAAUGUGUUCUGUUACGAGGCAAUUAAGGAAUUGAACAUUAAAACUAAGAAUUGGAAAGAGCUUCUCACUGAUGAACCAUUCACUAGGCAAGACAUUAUAACCAUUCAGAAUCCUAAUGCACUUGAUAGCAAGGUUCUCACGGAUUUCGAUCACAUGAAGAAAAACCUAAAAAUCGACGACGAAGAACUAAAGAAAAUGGAAUCUGACCCGUCGUACAAUAUAAAUGUUAAUGGGGAUAUAAAGCAAAUGCUUAAGGAGCUUGGAACUGAAAAGGCAAAGGAGAUUGCAUUACAUGGUGGUGGAGGAAAUAAGGCUAAAACAGAAAGAGCUGUGGCUCUUGAAUCCAUUUUAGCUGCAAGGUCACGUAUCAAAGAUGAGAAGAGUGAUGAAACGCCCAAGCAGACAUACAGCGUUGUAGAUGCCGCAUCCGCUGCUGUUCAUGGAAGAAGUGCCGCUGCUGCAAGGUCUGAUGCUAGCAAUAAAACUGCUGCACGCAUAGCAAUGCACAUGGCUGGUGAGAGGACACCAGUAAAUUCUAAGAUGGUUAAAAGUCGAUUCACAACUGGCGCUGCUUCACGAUCAUUCACUUCGACCUCUUAUGAUCCUGUCACCACAAAUGAAUAUGAAUAUGUUAAAGUCGAAAAAAAUCCAAAGAAGAAGGGCUAUGUCCGGCUGCAAACAACGCAUGGGGAUUUGAACAUUGAGCUGCAUUGUGACAUCACUCCGAGGACAUGUGAAAACUUCAUCACUCUUUGUGAACGUGGAUAUUACAAUGGGGUAGUUUUUCACAGAAAUAUAAGAAACUUCAUGAUUCAAGGUGGUGAUCCUACUGGGACAGGAAAAGGAGGUGAAUCGAUUUGGGGAAAGUCCUUCAAAGAUGAACUUAACUCCAAGUUAGUUCAUUCUGGACGAGGUGUGGUUAGCAUGGCGAAUUCUGGUCCUCACACAAAUGGUUCCCAGUUCUUCAUCCUGUAUAAGUCUGCAAAUCAUUUGAAUUUCAAACACACGGUUUUUGGGAUGGUUGUUGGAGGGUUAACUACCCUUUCGACAUUGGAGAAAGUACCUGUUGAUGACGACGACAGACCUCUGGAAGAGAUCAAGAUUAUUAGUGUAGAAGUUUACGUUAAUCCGUAUGCUGAAGAAGACGAAGAGGAAGAAAAGAAGGCCAAUGAGGACAAAAUUGUCGAGGACGAAGACAAUGAUAAGAUCGGUUCAUGGUACAGCAAUCCAGUGAAGGGGUCGGAAGAUGAUCUUGCCGGGGGUGGCGGCAGCGUUGCCGUCGGUAAAUACUUGAAAGCAACGAUUGCUCCAGCUGCACCCUCCGCCACUCUCGGCAGUGACGCUCCUCCAGCUGGGCCCGCACCAAAGAAAAGAAAGGGAUUGUCAAGUAAAGAACUUCAAGAUUUUGCUUCUUGGUAAGAUUUAUCCAUCAUCUUUGUAUCACUUUCUGAUGUAUCAUCAUCGAAUAUAGAUUUUGAACCGUGUAAUUGAAUUACCAACAAGGUUAUACAGUGUGAUAAUUUAGUUUAAGCUGCCUGCGUAAAAUGCGUAAGUUUGAAGAAAUAGGAGAUGGUCCUUAGCAAUGUUACAGAACAGGUGGUCCUUUGCUUAGUUUAGUUCCAAACAAUCACCUGGGAUUUGCCUAAAGUGAGGGUACAUGAUAAGCAAAGGAGAAGUAGUGACCACAGGAACAUAAUAAGUAAGGCUUCUUUUGCAGGUGGGGAAAGAGUGAGAUUGAAGCAUUUGGUUUUUGUAAUGGUGACCACUUGUUUUCUUUUUAGGGGUCAUGAUAUUGUUAUUGUUUGUGGGUAGUGUCUCAGGAAAGACAGUCUAAUUGGGCAAAAAAGAAAAAGAAAUCUCGUGUGGUACUGAAAGUAGGGUCGAAAAUUCCUAUCUUUUAUGUUUAUUGCCAAAAAUCCCACACACAAA